AAUUUCAUAGGAGUUUGUGAGCCACGUGGAGUGCGAUAAGAUCCGUUGAACCUAUAAACUUUCCUGAGGCCAUCCUACCAGGAGAAAUAUGUGAAAUUUGUAAAAUUAUUAUCGCUUCUUAAUACAUUUUCAAAAACAACUUUUUGCGCGAUCACUCACACAAACCAUUGACAAGUUUCACUUGCAAUGCACUAAAACGUGUUCAUGAAAAGGCCGGACUUACUGAUAUCACUGAUGUAAUGUAUUGUAUUAUUCAUGUAAUAACCGUGUGUCAUUCAUGUGAUGACAUAGGUACGGCUAUCUUGGAAUGCCAGGGGCUGCCAUUGACUUGACGUCGUUGAGCGGAUUUAUUGAGGAGUCUACGUGUGUUAAAUGUAUCUGUCAUUGCCAUGGGCAGCGGGAUCGAUUGACAGCCACGGAAAUAUUUAAUAUAUUUGGACGAAGGAAUGACUCGGAGCCAGUUUAUGGGCUCAUCGACAUAGAUCUACCGAAAAGACAUAAACGUGGUGCUGGUGGUACGAAGCGUAUUUGCAUACCGUUCAGCAAUGGCAUGAAAAAGUGUAUGAAUUUGAAAGCGACGGAGAGCAUUUUGGCGAAUGAAAAUACUCCUGUGUUGUUCGCUCGAAGUACGCAGGACGGAAAGGUUACCUACGCUACUGACCAGACCUUGCAGAUGCUGGGGAAAUUCACUUUUUAUCAGGAUCCCGUAGCAAAGGCAGCAGUUGUUCACUUCCAUCGGACGAAUAUAAUUGAGGGAUUCUUGGACUACUAUUAUUUCCAGCACGACGAUCGUCAACUCAGACAAAAAAGACGAGCAACUAGAUACAAACUGCUUCCAGUAAACUAUACCCGUCCAAUCACUAAAGGUAUACGAAGGAAAGGCCAAAAAGACCAUCGCAUCGGCAAACGAGGACUUCGCAUAGAUCCAGUUCCCGAAGUUGUUUAUCCCCAGAUAUUGAUGCAACUGGAGCGCUCUGACGUGCGAAAGGAUCCAUUGAAAGCACUGAGACAGGCUUUGGCGUAUUGGAAUGCGAUAGACAUGCUCUACAGCGAUCUACACCAGCCGCGUGUGCAGCUCAAUAUUGCCGGCUUCAUAGUACCUCAGGAUGAUUUCUGUACACCCUGGGUCAGAAAAGCCCGCUUCCGCGAUGUUACCGAUUACAUCGAUAGUAGCAAAGCAUUGAGGGCACUAGGAAAACACUUUAAAGAGAACGAGGCUGUAUUUGGUAGAGAGUCAUUUGACUACUUCUUCAGUUUCGUCGGGAUUGCUCUGGAUGCAACUCACAGGAUGUUGGGAGUGGCAAACGUCAAUGUUCCAUGUGCUUCGAGAGGCGCUCAAGUUGCUUUACUCCAGAACGAUCUGCAGAACUACGUCGUCGGUGCUCACGAACUUGGUCAUCUUCUUUCAGGUGACCAUGAUGAUGAAACGGCGUGUAAGCAAAUGCUGGGAAUCAUGGGUGCAUAUGUGACUGGGUCUCCGGACAAUUUAAAAUGGUCGUCGUGUACCAAAGCAUCUUUCCAGAAAUUUUUUAGGAACAAGGCGAGCCGAUGUCUCGACAGUUGUCCUAAGACAAAGCCAAAUUGUGGAAAUCAACCUAGUAAUUUUCUGGACAAUAUGCCAGACUGUUUGAAGUCGCCUGCACGAGAAUGCGAACAACGCGUUGGGAAAGCUUACUCAGGGCAUAUGACAUGUAAAUACGGCGCAGUAUGUAUUGAGAAGAACAAAUCACCGAUGAAUUAUUGCAAGAUACAACCACUUCCCUCAGGAAUGAAAGAAACCUGUGAAAUGUAUAACGGUUUUGUAGCAGCUAAUAGUCAUCUUCUUGCAGUUCAAGAUGGGACAAUAUGCAAGUCGUCAAAGUCUAAUACACUGUCGGCCUGUUAUCGUCAAAAGUGCGUCCCGGUCGGUACGAAGAUCCCUAUGUGUAACGUUUAAAGUCUAGGACCUUCAACUGGUCGUGUGUUAUUGUAUAUUACUGUAUAUUAUUAUGUAAUAUUAGUCGUAAAAAAUAAAAUGUGCCAUUCCCAAAAUUGGCUCUCUUCUGCCUUCUUAUCAGUC